GCCCUCUUCCACUCUUUUUGCAUGGGAGCUGGUGUGAAGUGCAAUGAGUGGCUCAGACCAUCUGGAGCUUCCAGUAAUGUCCCUGCUGGGCAUCCGUGCUGUUAGGAUACAGUUCAUCACGCCUGCUUUCUCCUCCUCUCCCCAGACUGCAGGAGUCCACUUGGUUAGACUGACAGCUCUCAACAUAAAGUGCGAGAUCAAAGAUCCUGCCAAUCACCGACCAAAUUAUGGACACAUUUCAUCUGGCACCAGGGGAAUGCAGAGUGGAAAUCAGGAUGAAGACAAUAAAGGAAUGGUCAGAGAAUGAAGGGAAGGGAGGAGAAGCGGAGAGUGAAGAAAAAGAGGCAGGGAGCUAGAAGAAAAAAGGGUGAUGUCACUGGCUCUUGACGGCAGCCAAUCAGAGACGGGGAGAGGCAGCGAGGGAGCCAGGAGAGGGUGUGUUUUCCUCGCACUGCAGCAUCAGCAGUGAAGAGAGGCCACAAUCAAUCUGACACAGAGCAGGAGACACAAGAACCUUCAGGGACAGAUAAAACAACAGAGUUGCCAGAGGAGGACGGAAACCCGAAGCCGUUUCUGAACUGCAGAGUGAAAGUGCAUCAGGAGGGUGUGGACCUGAGAGAAACAUACAGGAAGGAGAAACAGUGAAGAUUGCUCUUCUCUGACUGGGAUAAUCUCAGAUUUUCCUGCCCGUUGUGUUUGUGCCUGUCAGCAGGUGCAAUGCCUGCCACGUCACAACAGCAGGUGGGCAGCAGGGGGCGAUGCGCUAUGCUUCUGCUCCCUCUCCUCCUGCUGUCCGUGGCUCCCAGGCCUGGGAAUGCUACCAUCAACAUCCCAUCCAAAUGUGAGUACAGGAUUUUACAUUGCAUCUAAUUUGCAUGUGCAUGUGAAAAGCCCCCCAGUGAUUACCGCUCAGCCGGUGUCUGUCACCACCUUUUCAGCAGAUGACAUCAUGCUCACCUGUGAGGCAACUGGAAAUCCCCCGCCCACGUUCCGCUGGGUGAAAGAUGGUGUGGAGUUUGACCCCUCUAAAGACCCUGAACUCUCCGUGUCCAGAGAUUCUGGGACCUUCUCAUUGACAGCCAAAGAUGGACCCAUUCACCAAUAUCAGGGCAGAUAUAACUGCUACGCGUCUAACGAUCUCGGCACGGCAGUGUCUAACGAGGCUCGCAUUGUCACAGAGAACACUCCCACUCUACAGAAGGAGAGGAAGGUGUCGAAGAAGGUGGAGGAAGGAGAGAGUGUGGUGCUUCCCUGUAAUCCUCCUAACAGCACUGUGGCUCCAGUCAUCCACUGGAUGGACAAGAAGCUGCGGCACAUUCAGCAAAACGAACGUGUGAUUCAGGGUCGCGAAGGAAACUUGUACUUCUCUCAUGUGACUGUGGCAGACAGUCGAGACGACUACACCUGCAACACUCAAUUCCCCAGCGCGCGUAUCAUCGUCCUCAAAGAGCCCAUCAAACUCACUGUUGUUCCCUCUAACUCAGUGGUGCGUAACAGAAGACCACAAAUGAUGCGACCCACUGGCUCCCGCAGCUCCUACCUGGUGCUCAGCGGCCAAAACCUGGAUCUGGAGUGCAUUGUUCAGGGCCUGCCCUCUCCCAAUAUCCAGUGGAUCAGGAAAGAUGGAGUCCUGUCUGAGUCCCGCACAUCCAAAGAUAGUUAUGAUCGAGUUCUGCGCUUUAAGAAUAUCUCAGAGUCUGACAGCGGCGAGUACCAGUGUACUGCCACAAAUCUGCAAGGCAUAAUCACUCACACCUACAGCGUCACUGUGGAAGCUGCCCCAUAUUGGACUAAAAAACCAAAGAGCCAGCUAUACGCCCCGGGAGAGACGGUCAAACUGGACUGUAUGGCUGAUGGCAUUCCCAGCCCUGGGGUCACCUGGAGCAUCAAUGGCAAUCUUCUUACUGAUAUUGACCCAGACCCCAGACGCAGCGUGAAACAUGGCGUUCUCACUCUGAAGAAUAUGGAACUCAGUGACACUGCAGUGUAUCAGUGCAAAGCGGUCAAUAAGCACGGCUCUAUACUCAUCAAUGCCUACGUCUAUGUUAUAGAACUGCCUCCCCAGAUUCUGACAGAAGAUGGUCUGAUGUACUCUGUGGCAGAGGGACAGAUGAUUGAACUGGCUUGUGAGACCUUUGGCUCUCCUCGGCCCAAUGUCACAUGGGAGGGUGAGACCUGGGGCGCUCUUGUAGCCAACCCAAGGAUGAGCCAGUUACUCGAUGGCUCUCUGCAGAUCAGUAACGCCUCCCUCAAUGACAGUGGCCAGUACACCUGCACUGUCAGCAACAGCAAAAUCACCAUCACCGCUGAGCUGGACGUACUCAAUAAGACAGUCAUUGUGAAACCUCCAUUGGCUCUGCGAAUCCAGCGGGGGAAGCCCGCUACCCUCACCUGCGAGUACCAGGUGGACUCCAGGCAGGACGCCCCUCAAGUCCAGUGGAGGAAGAACCGACAGAAGCUCACAGAGUCUUCUGAUUCAGACAAGUACAUGAUAGACGAAUCUACCCUCAUAAUACCUGAUGUCGAGGAAGAGGAUGAAGGGAUUUACACCUGUGAAGUCAUUACCACUCUGGAUAUAGCUGAAGCGAGUGGCUCCAUCACUAUCGUUGACCGACCAGACCCUCCGACCCAAAUACAGAUGACUGAACCUAAAGACCGCAGUGUCACUCUCAGCUGGACACCAGGAAAUGAUCACAACAGCCCUGUGCUAGAAUAUUUGAUUGAGUUUGAGGAGACUGAAUAUGAAAGAAAAGAAUGGGAGGAGCUAAGCCGCGUGUCAGGCAACAAUCAGCGAACCACCCUUUCCCUGAAACCCUUCCUUUCCUACCGUUUCCGAGUCAUCGCCAUCAAUGACAUUGGCAAGAGUGAUCCGAGCAUGUACACGGAGGUCUUUUCCACACCAGCUGCUCCUCCAGACAGUAACCCUGAAGGAGUGCGCAGUGAUUCCAUCGACCUAGGCACCCUUUUGAUCACAUGGAAGGAAAUGGACAGACGUAGUUUUAACGGCCCAGGUUUUGAAUAUAAAGUGAUGUGGAGGAAAGUUUUGGGCAGCGGACCGUCCUGGCACAUCAAAUCCAUCAAGUCUCCACCCUUAAUCGUCCCAAAUGUGGGCAACUUCUCUGCCUUUGACAUUAAAGUGCAGGCUGUUAAUGAGAUGGGAGAUGGCCCGGAGCCCAAAUCCACCAUUGGAUACUCUGGAGAGGACUACCCGUUUGAGGCCCCUUUGAAUGUGGCGGUGGAUCUGAUCAACAGCACUGCCAUUAAAGUGGUGUGGGCGCCCAUAAAGAGAGAAACUGUGAGAGGUCGUCUGCAGGGUUACAAGAUUUAUCUAAUGCACUACGGCCCGGAAAGCAGACACCUCCGACGGGAGCGUGUUAGGGAGGGGAAGCCAAGCAACAUCUCCUUUGUGAUGACAGACAGUAGUGAGGAGAAGAAGGUUCUGGGAGAUCUGCAGCCCUACUCACAUUAUGCACUGUCUGUGAGUGUCAUCAACAAUAAAGGAGAAGGUCCCCAGUCUGAACCCCUCACUUUCAACACUCCAGAAGGAGUACCUGGUUCUCCAUCAUCUUUACUGCUGGAUAGCCCAUCGGAGACAGAAAUGACACUGCGUUGGACUCCGCCCACCCAGCCAAAUGGUGUCCUGAAAGGAUACACAUUACAGUAUCAACAAGUUGAUAAGGAAGACAGUCCUAUGCAAGUGGUAAAGAUUAGUGACCACGCCGUGUCUCACUUCAGCUUAAAGCUGGAUCCUCACAGCCGUUACCGCUUCUACCUGCGAGGCUACACUUCUCAGGGUGAAGGACUGCCAAUCAUCAGGGAGGGAGCUACAACACUGGAUGGAGUUCCGCCCUCCAACAUUAGUUUAUCGACUGGAGAGACAUCAGUCAACCUGAGCUGGGUAUCGAAAGAGAGACAGAGGAACGUGGGAUUCUUUAUACAUUACCUGAAAAAGGAUGGCAAAGGCACAUGGAAGCACUCUGAAAGAGUGAACAGCUCCCAGUCUUUUUACACGCUGCAGGGGCUCCAGUCCGGAUCCGAGUACCGCCUGAAGAUUGACUUCAAAAACAAAACUUUAUGGGAAGAUGAGAUCCAGACAGCAGGAGCAGAAUUCAAGGAGGUGCAUAAAGGGUUUGUGACUGAGAGCUGGUUCAUUGGACUCAUCAGUGCCCUUGUGCUGUUGCUGCUGGUGCUGCUCAUUCUGUGUUUCAUAAAACGAAGCAAAGGUGGAAAAUACUCAGUCAAAGAAAAAGAAGAAGGCCAGAUAGAUUCUGAAGCUCGGCCAAUGAAUAAUGAGGGUUUUGGAGAAUACAGAUCACUGGAGAGUGACAACGAGGAGAAGCGGACGGCCAGUCAGCCGUCUCUGUGCGAGGAUAGUAAGCUAUGUACCGACGACGCUCUAGACGAAUACGCCAACAGCAACAGCAUGCAGACCGAGGUCAUCAUGGACGAGUCGCUGGCCAGUCAGAGCAGCGGAGUCCGAGAUCUUCCUGACCCCGGGACUCAGGAAAGUUCCCCUCUAAAUCCUGCCACAGCCAUCUCCCACCACGGCCUGCCCAACUCCGCCGCCCUCCUUGACUAGACGGGGCGACACCGAGACCAAACGUGGAUUCACACAUGUGCCCACCUGUUGCAACCGCUCAUGACUGACCAAAUAAUCCAAAACCCACAAUAAUGAGACCUACACACACAACAGAUGCCAAGAACACCAUCCAGAUGCACUGCUGGACGUAAUUGGACCAACACAACACUUUUAACACAGCCAGAAGAAAACAUUCGACUGACAUAUAACAAAUAGACUGCCAUGCUCGUUGUUUACAGAUAUUAUCGCUCAUUUUACGAUAUAAAAUAGGCUAUAGCCGUUUACAGUUAUACAAACGUGACAAGAAGAGACUUAUCCAGUGACAAAUAAAGUAGACGCCGAGCUCCCAUGGCGAACACCAAUUCAAAUCAGAGUCGGAUUCACCUGUUAGUCAAUAAAAAGCGUUGUGGAAGGAGGGUGUGAGGGAGAAGAGAGAAGCUGAGGGCCUUAAAAUCGUGACUAAGUGCGUUGUGCAAGCAUAUAGACAGCGUGAGCUGGUUAUACUGGUUGCAAAUUUAAUCAACUUAUUGUGUUUUGUGCGUCUCUACCAUUUGUUGCUUUUUUUAUUCUUUGAAGACUUGCCUGAACCAUUUUUAUAAUUAAUUUUUUAUUAAUUUUUUUUGUUUUGUUUGUGUCGUGUUUUAAAGGUGCUGUAAGCGAUGUUAGCCAUUGUGGAACUUCUCAGUUUUAGUCACCGACUUAGACACGCACCCUAAAAAGAUUAGCGCGGUUAGCAUUGCCCUGCUGGUACAUAUUACAAACAUCUUUCUCUGGCAAAAUUCGCAGUGUGUUCUGACAGUUUCUUUUUUUUUUUUUUUUUUCGGCUAACAACUUGCUAAAUUUGGUUAUAUUAUAGUAGACGUUUGAACAGUGCCCAGUUCUUUUCAGAAAUGAAAAUUCAUCUAUUUUCAAAAUGAUAUUCUUAUUGAUAUUGUGAAAUGUUUCAUUUUUAACUCAAAAUGAUCAAUGUCAUGACUCUUUCUUCCAUUGAAUUUCUUAGAAUCUACUACAAUGUCACAUUCAGAUCUGCCACCAUCUAAUCAACAACAAAUUCCGUUCCAUAAAAUUCGCUUACAGUAUCUUUAAGUCAUCUGUAUGUUGAUAUAUUGUAAUAUUGUAGUGAUUCAAUAGAAGAUACAUAUCGGCAUCCCCUCAGUUACGAUUACAGAUUUCCGUAGUGUAAAUACAUGAGAUGCAAUGGCUCUACGACGCUAGAUCGUUUAUAGCAAGCUGUACAUACAAGCAUCUAUCAAUUUAGCCAAAUACAGUAUUAUAAUCUCUUUCAUCUCCAUCGGUUCCUGUGCCUGCCUUCGACAACAUAACUCACCACCAUCUCUCAUGUUUAUUCCUCCCUCUGUAUGUGUCUGUGUUCCUAAUUCUUGUUUUCUGCAUUGUAUGAAACUGUACUGAUUCCCUCUUGCAGUCCUGUUGGUGUAAAGCCAUAAGAAUACACACGUAAGGUGCGUAGAUUUGAGGUCGUAUUGAGUUAGAUAGGGCUGUGAGAGAGUACAAUAUAUCACACAAUUUAGUUUGGUUUCGUAAAAUGCAAUCGUGUAUUGGCUUGUCUUAUUACACAGAAUGUAUGCUUUGUUUGGGUGGGAAUUGUUCCAUACCAGUAUACCAAAUAGCAUUCGUUCCCUUUUUCGCUUUUUGGUUCAUUUGAUUUGAUAAACAAAUAUAGCAGAAUAUAGCACUGAGAGAAUCUAUGGCACAUCUGGUAUUUCUCAAGAGAGGGGCACAGGGGGGGGGAAAAAACUCUUAAUUUCCAGAUGAAUGUAAAUAUAGCCCAAAAGAUUGUUCAUUAUGAUGUUGAAAACUGUGUCUUGUUGAUUAUGUUUUCGGUUUUUAAAUUUGUUUGUUUUGUAACUUUUUUUUAACUUUAGAGUAACUUGUUAGUUGUGAUUUGAGUGUGGUAGACAAGUAGUGCAUAGUUUUAAAUAACUAAGAAAACAGUCCUUUGAUAAAUAGAUGUUGCAGGUUCUGAAAAAAAAAGCUGAUUGGAUAAAAGAGACAGAAAAAAGCUAACUGAAACAUGAUUGCGCUUAUAGUUUCCCGAGUGCUAAAGAAUGGCAGUAUUGUGCGUAUCUGAUUAGAAUCUAUUGCUGCAGAGCCAGCGUGAAAGGAAGGACGCAGUCAUCUUAUUUGCACCACUGCACACACAUACACACACACACGCUUCCAGGGAGCAAUAGAAACACGCUGACUCAGAUCUUUGAGACCACUGUCUUGCGGCGGGCUUUUUGCAGUGAUUCCCAGCCCUCUGGGAUUGUCCGAUCUGUGUUAGCCUCCCUCACAAAAGCUGUACAGACACACUCAGGACAAAAGUCUCUUAGAGCUCUAUUUUCUUACUGGAGGGGGAAGUGAUGCAAAUUCUAUUCAACUCAAUAUUCAACUGAACUGCUGCUAGACGACUUGUGUAUUUUGUCAGUGUCUUGACUGUGUAUUGAGCUCGGAGGUGAAUCGACUCUCGGAUAUCCACUAUACUGCCCUCUGCUACUGCAACUAAAACUGGGUGGGAGGGCACCGUUUAAAGCUUGACUAGCGGACGAACGUUGCCGUUUCUGUUGUUACUUGUCAAAUGUAUGCAUUCAAGCUCAUAAUGCAUCUUGAACUGUAGGCUUAAUGCAUAAAUAAGCUUGACAUAAUAGUCUCUUAUUCCUCUUGUAUGUUCUGUUUGUUACUGCAUAUGAUGUGAAAAUAAAUGAAGGACGAGAUGAA